AUGUCGUCCUCAGGAGUGAGUGAGAAGGCAGCGGCGGGCAAGGCUGGCAAAGGCAGCAAUGACGGAGGCGGCAAGAGCUCCCCGGCUUUAGGGGCGGCAGAGGCUGCGGCAGAGGCGGCGAAGCACGCAGUCAUCUAUGCCCAAUCCACCUCUGAGAUUAAGGAUGACCUGCCCGCGCUUGUGGCCUGCAUGCGCUCAAACAAGGGCCAGCUCACGCGGCAGGAGGCCAGCCUUCUGCUCGUGCAUCAUUGCAUGCAAGCUUCGGCCCACUCUGACCUGGUGGCGGCGGGCGCCGUCAACGCGUGCGUCGGCGUCCUGGAUGCGGCCAGAGGCGGCCCCGAGGCGACCGCGGCGGCGAAUAUUCUGCUGCACCUGGCCAGAGGCCAUGACCCCGUAUGCGAGGCGGUCGCGAAGGGCAAGGGCACGGUUGCGGUGCUGCACCGGUGGAUAGCAGGGGAGGGCGACGAAGCCGGCCGCAUCGCCGCACACGUACUGGCCGCCCUGGCUGCGGAGCCGCUGUCACGCGCCGCGCUGCUUAGGGGCCAGGAGGGCAGUGAGCCCCCCUGGGCCCUCUACGCGGCCGUCCUUGGUGGCCCCGCGGGCCAUGACACCGUGCGGAGCCUGUCAGCGGUGGUCACGCACCUCGUGCAGCAGCGCCCGGAAUUCUCAGAGCAGGCCGGCGCGGCAGGCAUGCUGAAUGCGCUGCUGGCAGCCGCGGGGCGCCACAAGAGCGAGGCGGCAGUGGGCGCUGCGGCCGGCGCACUGCGCACCCUGGUGGAAGGGCCAGGAGGCGAGGGCAACCGUGGGCGGCUGGCGACGCCUGCGGCUAUCCAGCUGCUGGCUGACCUGCUGGGGCCACCCCCGGCGACCUACGUGGCCUGGGAGCAGCGCACCUACGCGCACAUCCUCAACCCCCAGCCGCCUAAGCAGCUGCCCCCCAAGUCGCUGACUCAGCAGCAGCAAUCGCAGCAGCAGCCGCCGGGCACGCCCAGCAACAGGUGCAGCGGCAGCGGGGCCCGCGACGGCGCGGCGCUCUGGAACCACCUCAGCUCAUUUGUGCGCAAGGUGGCGCUGCCCAGCGAUCCGACGGGCGCUGCGGCGGCGGACGGAGAGGGCGGCGAGGCCGACAAAGGACAGGAGGACGCGGCCUUGCGGCGGAUCAAGCGCAACGAAUCAAACAUCAGCCGCACCUCGAGCCUCAGCCGCAUCAAAAGCCUGCGCUCCGGGGCCGUGCGCGGCAGCGUCCGCAGCUCAGAACAGGGCCACCUGCCGCCACAGCCGCAGACACCACUGGAACAGCACGCGCCUGCGUCACUGCAGCCCAAAGAGUCGGCCCUGAAGCGCCUCUCGAACCGAGGCGCAUCCCCGAUGGCCCCUGCGCCGCCCGCCCCACCGCAGCCGCCGGGGCCGCUGCUCUGCCGCAACAGCGCGACGCUCAAGUGGGAUGGUCCCGUGUCCCUCAGCACGCGCGCGUCUGUAGCCGGCUGCCUCUGGGCGCUGGCCGCGUCCCAGGAUGCCUGCGCGCUCAUCAGCGGCCGCCUGGCGGCGCACCGGCUGGCGGUGCUUGUGGGCGAUGUCAUGGGCGCGGUGCAGGCGCCGGCAGCUAGCGGGGCAGGGUCUAAGAAGUCCAAGAAGAAGGGCCUGACCCUGGACGCCGCCCAGGCCGCGCUGCUGACAGCGGCGGUGGGCUGCCUGAAGCUUCUGGCUGUCGCGAGCAACGCCGACCUCUACAGGGUGGCCGCGUCGCCCAAGGCGCUGGCUGCGGCCGUGGUCUUGGCGCGGGAGGCCGACAGCGCCCUGCUGCGCCGCAGCGCUCAGGCGCUUGCGGCGCAGGCGGCGUUGCUUUCGGAGGCAUCGACGGCGAUCGAGGCGGCCGGGGUGCCGCGGGAGCUGCGGCUGGCGAGUGGGGGCGUGCAGAUGAAGCUCACACCGACAGAGGUGCAGCAGCUGUCGGUGGAGUACCCCUUGCUGCCGUACCAGCUGCAGCAGCAGGCACAGCAGCAGGCACAGCAGCAGGCACAGCAUCAGCAGCAACAGCAGCAGGCGCAGCAGCACCAUCACCACCACUAG